CACUUGUGCGCCUGUAGGAGGCAGCAGUCGCACUCAGAACUGCGUAGCCGCCGUUGCAACUUUCCACGAAGAAGAAACGACUUGUAGAUAGAAGCAAAAAGCAAAAAAAGAAAAGCAGAGGGAGUACUCCUGUUUACAACAACAUAAUGGAGCCAAAAUGGUCAAAUACCAUCUGCAAGCGUGUUUUAUUGACUGGAUUUACGCUAUGUAUUGUAUUAGUCACAAAACCUACAUCGGCAAUCGACAUAUACGCCCACCCUGAAGUGACGGUGCAGAACGGGACAACAGGAACACUUCGAUGCACGUUUAAAUCCAAUACAGUGGUCAGCAGCUCCACCUCAGUGACCUGGAGUUUUCAGUCGAGUCAGCCUGACAAUCAGUUCUCCAAAGCUCCAUACGUGAUUUUCUACUUUUCUAAUGGGAAAGGAUUCCCGGGACAUGAUGAGUUCAAGGACAGAGUGCAGUUUAUUGGAGAUAUAAACAAGAGGGACGUCUCGAUACAGCUGGGUCCGGCUCAGUUCAACGACAACGGUACCUUCUUCUGUGACGUGAAGAACCCACCCGACGUGACGGGAACACCGGCUCGAACAGAGCUCAAGGUCGUUCUGAAAGAAUCUCUUCCUCAGAACAAAACCGCCGUUAUAGUCGGAGCAGUUUGUGGAGCUUUAUUUCUGCUCGUCCUCAUCACUGUAUCUGCCUGCAUUGUCAUGAGGGUGCUUCACACCCGCCAUGAUUAUGAAGGAUGUACGUCCUUGGAAAGUGUGAGCUCUCAGGCUCCGAAGCCACGAAAGAAGGUGGAGUCCGGCCUGGAGGGCUCCAGGUCUACCAGUCCCUCGGGUCCACUACAGGGCCCGGUGAUAUACGCCCAGUUGGAUCACUCAGGCAGCAAAAACUCAUUCCAUAAGAUGGAGCCAGUGGUCUACGCUGACAUUCGUAAAAACUGAAGAGGAACUGGGGACCAAAAAAAUAAAUAAACACAGUAAAGUAUCAGACCUCUCUAUCAGCUGCUCUUGGGAAGGGUGGGAAUAUUUCAACAGGGACUGAAAUUGGUGCAGUUUCUAUUUUGUUUUUUGUUUUUGUUUUUGUUUUUUUCAUCUUUUUUCCUCUGAAAGCAUAAUGCUGUUAUAUGAUGAAGUGACGUCUCCAUGUGCUUUAAGCAAAGAAACAGUCGAAGUGGACUCUACAUUACUCCAUCACAUCAGCCUUGAAAUUGUUCUCCAACACAGGGAUCAAAGUAAAAAUCAGAAUGCCUUCAUAGAUAUCAUUCCACAUGUAAAAAAUAUUUUAAUAAUCAUAGCUUUAUGCCUAAAAGGUUCUGCAGGCUGUUUCACCAGCUGAACACAAGUUUGAUCCUAAGUUUGAAUGUAAAGUCAACUCUAACUGCUACAUUGCUCAGUUGCACCAUCACUACUUAAGCUUCUUAUUAUUUAACUAAGUCGACACAAAUCAAAGCAUUGUUGCAGAAAUCAACGUUACUAACUACCGAUGGAAAGAGAGAUUUUAAAAAAACAAUUAAUCCUAUCAUGCGAACUAGUUAACAUAUGAUACCACAUGUGUUUGACUAACAUCACCUCAUUAUUUAUCGAUCACUUAUACAGUAAUUGGGUGCUUUUUACUAAGGUGACGAUGGCUGUACGACAAGUGGAAAUGCUCAUAAACUAUAUUAAUAACAUUAUUUCUGCCAACAGUUAAACGCUUCUGUUACGAACAACAUACUAUAGUUGUGGCCAGCGGCAAUUCCCAUCUCCUGUGAAUGCAGCAUAAAAUCACAGUUGUGCCCUCGGCUAAUCUAAUAAAGUGAUGCACUGACGUGCAUGUCAGUAUCAACAUGAAUAUAAAGGGAUGUUUUCCAUCACAAAGAAUGUGCUACACAAUUAAUAGUCUGUCUUUCUAACCGUUCUGCCUUGACAACAGUUAACUAGGAAUCACUAAGGUUGGGCAGACACUGUACGAUUUAUUAAUCUUGUUUGUUGCGUUAACUAACCUGUCGUGCCUUUCUGCACGGCAGAAAAGUACAACUUCUAUGCUGACACUUUGUGGUUUAGUCAUCCGCUCAGGACUGCUCACACUCAACGUAAAAAUAGAAAAUCGGUUUGGUCUAUUUACAGUUCCAGUACGUUUUUAUUCAAACGAGAUGGCAGCAUCCUCAUCGAUGUGGAUUUAAAAAAAAAUAAGGGAAAGGGAGUGUUACUUUGUGCAAUUCUACUUUGAAAGGAAAGCAGGAAGGAAAAAAAAGAAUAUGGAAAAGCAAAUGGCUGGGAAGAUGGGACAAUGGGAAGAAGUCCGUUUUACAGCAAAAUUCACUUUUACACAGCACAGUGUGCUAAACCAGCUCACUACUGUGUAUAACGGAUCUUUUGACAGCAGCCAGGUGGGACAUCAGACCGCUGAGCUGCUCAAACCGCAAGACAGCCGACCAAAAAUUCAGACAUGCCAGAAAUCCAGCCGAUCGUCCGACAGCCAGAUCGUUUGAGCAGUUAAUCAGGCGUCGUGACCCCUCAAACUGAACUGAGCCUCUUUCUGGCGGAAAUUCGGCCUGAAAAUUAGUCGGAGGACACCAGUUGGGGUUAAAGAGGAACUCCUCAGAUUUUACACAUCAAAGUCUGUUUCCAGGUGUUGGGGAGUACUGCUGCAUAUGUGAAAAAAUGUGUCUAAAGCCUGUUGUGGCUCCAGAGGGAGCUGUGUGAAGUCUGAUAAAUGUCCUCAAGUGAGGCAGCGGCGGUUGGGUUUGAAGACUACAAGUUUGAAAAUGAAAACAAAUCUGGGUGUGUGGUGUUAGAAAGACGUGAGCUCACCAGACCUCUGUAGCCCGCUCCUCAUCUCUGCUGCAGGCUAGCAGCUUGAGGCUACAUUAGCUAGCCGUUAUCGCCUGAAUCUCACAACGAACAGUUGGUGGUUGAGUUGCAUUGUGGGUUAUAUAGGCGCCAGGUUUUGACAAGGAAGAAGAAUGGAAUACAAAAAAACGAUAUCUCUGGUUCUGCUGCAUUGAUUUUGAUACUUUAAGAGUACUAGCGUUGCAUAAUGAUAUAAUCUGUACAGUGUCUGUCCAGCGUUAAACCUGCUCGAGCAAAUUUUAAGUUAUAUCUUAGCUCUUUGUUGUAACUGACUUUUUGUUUCUAUAAAAAUCUAUAGCCUAUCACUAAAAUGUCAUUCCAGCUACGUUUGAAUUUACACAUAGCUGGUGCAACAGGCUGCCGAAGUCACAGUUCAUUCCCCCCGUUGGGCAGUUCCAUAGUGAUCUUGUUUUGUAGGGGCGUAUAAUGUAGAGUUAGAUUUUACAUUGCCUUCAGUAACUUUGCAUGCAGUUAUAAUGACAUCAAACUAAAUCUGGUACUCCUCAGCUAGUUAUAAAAACAGAAGAAGCUGUCUGACAUUGUAUUACUGUGAAUGCUUCAGUUUUCUGUAGAGUUCUGGCAUGUUGUUGUUGUGGUACCUUUUUUAAAUAAACUGCCUCCCAUUUGAUUUUCACCUCAGUGGAACAUGUUCUUUAACCAGUUUUUGUUUCCUAACAUACUGUUUUUUUGUUUAAACUAAUUUUCGUUGCUCUGUGUGUGUCUCUUUGUGUUAAUUUCUUAAAAAGUGCAAAUGAUCACACGGGCAAUGCAACCCAGGUAGUUUUGAGUUCUGCAUCACACUAAGAGGUUUUUCUGUUUGUAGGUGUGAUUCGAAAGAAUAAAACAAGUUUGCUGCUAGUGGUAAUUAUCUGGGCAGUUGUUUUUGUUGUUUUUUUGGGGGGGGGAUUAAUUAUGAGUAAUUUUAAUAUAUGCAUGUUAAAACAAAAUGUUCAACUGAGGUGAAAUAUAUCCUUCUAUGAGAACUGGGAGCUCUCAAAUGCUAAAUACACUGUUUGCAUGCAAUUUACUAACAUAACAAUCAUUAUUAUGAAAAUAUCCAUCCUUUUUUUCAUCUAUGUAUUGUGUAAAGCUCUUUUUUUUCCAAACUAAUGGGCCAAAUAUAUUAGAUAUGUUCCUUUCAGAUGCUUUUAAGCUUUAAAAUGCAUUCCAAAUUUGUAUGAUUUUCUUUUGUCUUGAAGCAUUUAAAAGCCAAGUUAUAAUUUUGUUUGUUAAUGGUUCGGUGACCUUUUGAGAAUGAUGUUUGUUUUCAGUCUCAAUGCUUUCAGCUUCAGCUUGUGAUUCCGAAUGCAGUAAAUUUCAAUGUUGACCAGUAUUUGUAUAUACUUCUUGCUCAUGUAAGAUAUAGUGCUGUUUACUGUAACUCAUUCCAGUGUGGUAUGGCUGUGGAUGUCUUUCCAGAGAAGGAAAGUAGUUUGCUGUAGAGGUCUAGAAAGUUGGUGGCAUGCUUAAUGUUUUCUCUUUUUAGUCUUAAUUAUUUGUCACCGUACAACCCCACGUACAGUAUACAGUGCCUGCAGGAAGUGUUGAGACUGUCAGUUCAAAAUGGCUUGAAUUAAACUUUCUUUAGUCAAGUGUGCACAAAAAACACAAAAUAAUGUGAUGUUUCUUGAACUUUAAGGCUAUGUUUGUUUCAAUGCCACAUUCAUAUUAAACCCAAAAGAUCCAUUGCUUAAAUGUGAAACAUGAUAAUAUUGUCGUGUCGUGUUUCUGUCCACCUGAUGAAUGUAAGUCUAAUAAUCUCUCUUUUAGCUCUGUUUUUGGUCUCCUCCAACUCCUGAGGGAAACACCUGGCUCUUUAGCUGCUAAAUACUCCACUAUGUUCACCAGCUAGUCGCUAACCGUGUUGGUCUGCUGUUUAAUGCUGAAUAGGAUGUGUUCAGUGGGUUUAUAGAGCUUUUUUACUUACUAAAUGAUACUGUGAGAGCGGUGAGAGUGAACUAAAACAGUAAAGUUGCAGGCCAGGCAGCUAAAAAAAUUAGCUGAAAUUCAAUAUAAAGCUCCGUAGAGCUGAGGGGAGCUGCUAAUUCAAGAUUCAUCACUACGAGUGACCCCGCUCUUUCACACUUUUUCACACAUUUUAUACAUUUUUAUUAUAAAAAUAUCGAUUAUAGCUGCUUUGAACACAUCAAUGAUGGAGAAGAUUAUGUUGGCCGUGUUAAUUUAACACAAACUGCUGCUACUAAGUAUUGCUUCCUUGUGCUAAGUGGGGUUGAUUUUUGAACAUUGUGAAUGUUUCAGUGGGUUUAUGCACCGCUGUGCUCACAACAUGUAUCUUCCAAGACUAAAAGUCUGCAGCCAUAAUGUCUGUAAAGCUCAUUAAAACAUCAGUGUGUAGAAUAAAACUUUAUUGUCCUACCAUUAAAGCCACUCAACACAAUUAAAAACAAUAGACACAACAUGCUUAACAAAUCACAAUAGAUAAGAAAACUUUUACUCUUAGAUUUUUUAUUUUUAUGAUGUGCUAAAGUUAGCAUUUAGCCUUAACGGACCAACAGUUAGCAUGUUAACAUGCGUGUUUGUUAAGUGUUAACAUGCAGAUGUUUAGCAUGCAGCAUUUAGUACGUUAGCAUGCUAACAAUGAAAACAUGUAAGGUUUAGCUUGUUAGUUUACUAACAGGCUAACAUUAGUAUGUUGACAUGUUAAAGAGUAAUUUGAUACCAGGAUAAAAAGCUGUUGGGGUGCUCUUUAAAAUGCAACAGUUAACAUAGUAACAUGCCAACACUGGGUGUCUUAGCAUAACAUGCUAGCAUGUUAGCAUGCUAUGUUAGCAAUAUUCUCAAAAUAUAGCUGAAGCUGGCAGGAAUUCAGUCAUUUGUUUUAGAGGAAAUGUAGCUAGGAGUCAGGAACCACAGAGUGAUCAGGAUUCAUCCCCUCAUCCUUUGGAGACUGUGAAUGUUUGUACCAAAUAUCAUGACAAUUAAUACAGAAUGUAGGAAUUAAUUAUAAAUAACUGACAUGAAUGCACAAUAUCAACCUGAACUGUGUCCUCCUGUUAUUUUCAACACUUCUGACCAAAACUUGAAUUAGUUGCUUCUCCAGAGUUGUUUCUGUUUUUUCUUAGAGUUACACUUUAACUUAUUUCAAACUGCCCCUGCCUGGGGCUAAAUACUUCUAAAUACCUUCUGACUGAAGAAAUCUUAAUUCAGUCCAUUUUGACUUGACUGUGGCAGUGACACCACACAAUGCAGGCACUGUAGUCUUCCAGAUCUGUUUUAUCUUUCAUGUUCAAGUCUUUUCUGUUGGUUUAUGUUGGGGUUUUUUUUUUUUUUUUAUUAGUUAGCAUGUAUUUCACCAAAUCAAAAAGAAAACAACCUGUAUGAUACCGACAAACCUUUACUGCUGGUCGCUUUGCUCCUAAUUGUGACAUGUUGCAGUGUUUAGUGCUGUUGUAGAAAUUGUGAUGUAAACUAUAAAUUAUGAAAGAUUUCGAGUUUGACAGAGUUCACGCACAACGUUUGGUGUGUUGGUGUCUUAAAGUUUGGAGUGAAUGCAGGCUGCAGUGUUCACUCCGCUCAUGAUGAGUCUUAAAGUGCGUGCUUAGUGUUUUUCGAUGGUAAAUAGUUGUGUGUUAUUUGAGAAUUGUUUGGUAUGUUAUGUUGUAAAAUCUGCACUAUGUCUUGCAUAUCAAAGACAACAAAUUCCCUGUGAUUUUUGUUUUUAUUUUGGUUCAUCUCGGAAUGACCUUGGCCUCUGUUAAACGUCUUUAAAACUGGAAUGUUGUACAUUUAGUGCCUUUUACAUUUCAAAAGCUAACUUGAACAUCUGCUCCAAAUUAAAAUGAUAAGAUUCAUUUAUUUUCCUUUUAUUGUAUGUAUUUUUUUAUACACAUAAUAUCGCCUCUGUAUCCGCUGUUCAAAUUUUAUAUAAAACCUAUUCCUGGCCAAUUA